UUUUCUUUUUGUGAUCAAAUCGUUCUGUCAUUGACAAUGAUUAAAUAUGUUUUGUUUAUAUAUAAUAAAGAAUGAGUUGGUUUGAUGCCACUGGAUUUGCCAAUUUGGCUAAAUCUGCUUUAAAAGAAGCUCAAAAGACAAUCGAUAAGGCAUUAGAUAUUAAAGAUGAAGAUCAAAAACCAUUAGAAAGUCAUACAGAGGAUACAACAGAUUUUUUUGCAUCAUGGGGAUUAAAAAGUGAUAUACAUUAUGAUGCACAUCAGCAUCGUGCUAAAUGUAAAGAGUCUAAACAAGAGGCAACAAGUAGUAUAUGGGGUAGCUUCACUGGAUCAUUCUUUGAAUCAAGCAAAUCUAAUGAAGCAGAACAUAAUGUAAAAACUAUUACCCGUUCCAAAUCUUUACAAAGCACACCUACUGAAAGUGGACAAAAACUUGUAUCUUCAUCAUCAUUUUCAGAAGAUUAUAAAGAUAAAAUUUUAACUCCCAAAAAGAAAUCCAAACAAACAGAAGAUUGCAAAGAACAGAAUAUUUAUGAUCAUAUUCAGAAUGUUCCAAAUCAAGAUAUGGCUGAUACAUUUAAUUCUAGUGACUUGAAAAAACUAAUUUCAUCUGAAAUAAUUGAUACAAGUACAAUUUCCAAAAUUGAAGAUGAUAAUAUUAAUGAUUGUUCAAAAAGUAAUAUAAGGAGUCCUAAGAUAAUUGAAUAUUCUUCAGAAAAUAUUGAUGCCAAAGAGGAAAGUGAAAAGACAGAAUCUGAAAAUAAAGAAUCUUGUGACCAUGAUGCAGAUUCUAUUGCUUCUAUCUCACACAGAUUAUCCUGUGCAUCUCCAGAGAAUGAUAAAAAGAGUUUAGAGAGUAUUGAAAUUCUUGGUUCUCGAUCUAAUACAGAGUGUACUACAACUCCUGAAUCAGAUGCCAGUUCUGUUAGUAAUCUAGCAAGUCCUGCUAUGGGUACCAAAGUUAAUUCUGAGUCUGUAGAAGUAUUACCAGACAGUUUAGUUACAUCUCCAAGUUCUGUGGAAGUAUUAGGAGAUUGGAAAAGCGAUACCAGUCCUUAUUUAUCUCCAAUAGAUCAAAGACAUUCGGAUUCAUCAUCUGUUUUAGACAGGGAUGAGUCAGUGACUCCUUGUUGGGAUGAUAUCAAUGUUCCACAGAUUAUAAAUAAAGAAAAUUUGAUAAAUCCAUCAUCUUCAGAUAUUUCUCCAUAUGAAUCUCCAAUGGAGGAAGCCAAAACAUUACAUGAAAAUUUAUGUACAAACAGCAUGGAUAAUACACCACUGACAGGGACAUAUAUAGCUAUGGGAUCACAUUUAUACAAAAAUUUAUCUAGUGGGCAUUCAAUGAAAGCUUCACCAGAAGGGAUAGAAGUAGUACCUUACAAUGAUGAGAUAGAUGAAGUGAGUUUUGCAGAAGAUUCUUAUACUUCUGCAUCAGAAAGUACAGUCAUGACCAUAUUAGAGACACUUCAACAAAAAGAGCAAGCAAAGAGUAAAACAGAAAUCCUUAUUAAUGCUUCAUCAACUGAUGAAAAAAUGCAUGAUUCAUGUUUAGAUAAUAAAAUAAUAAUGAAAAAAGCUAGCGCAGAUGCAAGACUGAAUUUGAGUCUAGAUUCUUUAAGUGAAAAGCAUAACUUGCAUUUGCCGAUUGAAGCAAUUACAACGCAACCAAUCCGUAAGCUAGAAUAUUUUGAUGGAACCGGUAAAAUAUCCGAACCCGAUCGAAAAAGUUUCGAUCGAUUAAUAAAUUCCACUAUAGAACCUGCAAAAACAGAAUGUUAUUCUGUCAACGAAGUUACGCAUCCGUUUAAAACAGAGAUAGCAGAAAUUUCAGAUCAGCACCUGAUUUCAACAGACUCAAGUUGUGAAGGAACCUUAAUAGAGAGUUCGGAAGGCAAUCCACAGUUAAUUCAUAAAUCGGACGAGAAAGUGUUACAAGUACCUCUAAAUUCUAGUUCCUAUGUAAAAACAAUGUUAGAAGAUGCAAUGAUUGAUAAGGCUGGUAAGAUUAUUGAAUCAGAAGUUCAAGGUACAGAAAUGCCUCGAGAAAAUUCACCUAUUUCAUCAGAGAGUCGGUCUGAUCUAGUUAAAAUUGGCUCGGAUCAAACAAGUGGGCACACUAGUGGGGAUGAAUUAGAAACCACUACUUCCAGCGAUAUUGAAAUCAUAUCCAGUCCAAAUGGUGAUUCAAGUUCAACGCAAUCACGACAAAAUUUAGCCAAGUUGCAAUCAACAAAAGGUGGUGAUCUUUUAUUGAGAACAUUAAAAACUAAAGGACAUUCAAGGGAACUAAGUGAAAUUAGUGUAGGAUCUGAUGAAGCUAAUGUUGAAAUAGAAAAAUUACUGAAACGUAUACAAGAGAUGACAGAAAUUUUAGAAGCUAGAGAAUCUAAACUUAUUGAUGUUAGUAGAAUAAAUAUGGAAUUACAUGAACAAAAUAACAGUUUGAAGAAGCAACUUGAUAAUUUUGAAAAACAUGCAGAACAAAGUCAAAACUUAAAUCAAAUUACUGAUGAAUAUACACAACGACUGUCUGCCUUGGAAAGAAAAUUUCAACAAGCGAUACGAGAUCGGGAUUCGUUAAGAAAAAAUUUGGAGCAGUUGAAAGUUGAAGCGGCUACACGUUUAUCAUCUCAAGAGCUAUCUACUCUAAAUGCUGAGAAAGAAGAAAUUAUUAAGGAACUUAGAGAAGAGGGAGAAAAAUUGAGUAAACAACAACUUCAACACAGUAACAUUAUUAAAAAAUUGCGAGUUAAGGAAAAAGAAAAUGAUGCUUUAAUAAAAAGUCAAAAAGAACAAAUAGAAGAACAAACAUCAGAAUUAGAACGUUUGAAAAGGUCAUUGCGAGCAAAAGAAGAAGUUGAAUUAUCUCAGAUAGAUGCUGUUUAUUCAUUAACAGCGCGAACAAAAGCUCUAGAAAAGGAAGUAGCAGCGUUACAAAAACAAUUAGAAAAUACAGUACAUAAUGCGGAUACAUAUAAAAAAAAUUUGGAUUCCACAAGGAUAGAACUAUCUGAAACGAAGAAAAUUUUGUCUACGACUGAGGUACAAUUGAAAGAAGCAACAACUAACGCUGGAGAAUCGUGUCAAUUACUAGCGCAAGUAGAAGAACUGAAAAUCAAAUUAAGAGAAUCUGAAGAAAUGCAUGUCAAAAAAGAAGAGUUUUUAAAACUCGAAAAUAAUGAAUUACUAAAACGCUUAGAAGCCGCUGAAGCCAGAAGUGAAGAACUAUCAGAAUCUGUAUCAAUGGCUACAAAACCAUUAUUGAGACAAUUGGAACAACUUCAAGCAAAUUUAUUACAUAAAACUAAUAGCUUUAUGAAGCAAGAGAAAAUACUAUCAGACAAAAAUAUUGAGCUGCAAACAAAAGUCGAAAAUUUACUAGAAACAGAUCGGUACCUAAAGGAAGAGAAUGUUAAUUUGAAAUCUAAAAUAUCUCAGUUAGAAGCUAAGCUUGCUACUAAAGAAAAUGAAAGAAUGAGGUUACAAGAGUUAUAUGAUGAAUUGGUAAUACAAAAAGAAAAAUUUGCUGAACAAAAUAUGCGGCAGCGACAAACGAUAGAAACACUUGAACAAUCUCAUUCUUCAGAAAUAAUGGAAUUGAAAAGAGAAAUUAUUGCGUUGGAGAAUAAGCUGUCUGUAGAAAAAGCAGCCACAAAUGCAGAAAGGAGAAAAAAUCAUGCAAUGUCAGAGCAGCAACAAAAUAUCGAAGACAAUAAACGUCUUAGUCCUAGCAUUAGUACAGAACAAGAUUCUGUAAACGCUGUAGAUAUUAUUUGGCCGUUAUAUAAUUCUACUACUGAUACUAAGCCCGAAUGUUAUACAGUGGCAUUCGAUAGUAUUAGAGCAGGAUCUAGUAGUACUUCUAUAUUUGAGAAUUUACAAGCUCAGUUAAAACAGAAGGACGGUGAAAUACAACAACUUCAGUGGGAAUUAUCGCGUCGUAAUAUAGAAAGAGAUGUGCUAAAUUCAGAAUUAUCUACAUUAACUUUGAAAAUUGAAGAAUUAAAUGUUAAAGUUAUGAAUGUUGCUGUUUUAAACGAAAGUUUGCAAGAAAUACAAACUAGAUAUGAUGCAUUGUUACAAAUGUAUGGUGAAAAAAUGGAAGAGAAUCAAGAAUUGCGUUUAGAUCUCCAAGAUGUCAAAGAAAUGUACAAAACACAAAUUGAUCAACUUCUAAAACGAGAUACUUGA